CCUUGCGGGUCGCCGCGGGCCUUGGCGUGCUCCCACCUUCCCUAGCCUCCCCUGGCGCGGCUUCUUCUCUCCGGCCGGCAGCGCCUUCCUCCCGAGAGCCUGCUGUGUGCCCGAAGGCGCGAUGUUCAGACGGGGCCCCGCCUUCAGUGGACUUGUCCAGUCAGAGGCACCAGCAGAUAAUUACCCGAUUCCACAAGCAGCUGUGUGAGCUCCGUGGGUCUGGGUUGAGCCCCAGGGUGGGGCGUGGUAGGCCUUCGAAGCAGCGACAUUUAACCUGAGAUCUGAAGGACCCCACCAUUGUGACAUGAGCCAAGUACUCAUCCUCUCUUGGCCUCUCAAUCGUCAUUUGUUAAAAGGAGAUAACAGUACAGGCCUCACAGGGCUGUCGUGAAGAUAAGCCAGCCAGUCAACUCACAAAUGUCCAGGCAUUGCCUAGUAUAGCCAGAAUUGCGGGUUGCCAUGACUACUGUGGUUCCCCGAUUCUGCUCUCCACACCCUAGCACCUUAAUCAAGCUGUGAUGGUUUCUGUUCUGUAUCCUCAUGUUGGACACGGUUGGCUAGGCGCCCCGGGAAUGUGGAAGAAGUUGGUGCCUGCUCAAGUAGGACCUGAAACUCAGGCCGUGGGGGAGGGGCCGGAGCUGCCGAAAGGUGCCCUGGAGGCUUGGGAGGCCGCUGUCCGCUUUACUCUUCCUGGCUCAGGCACUGAGGGGCCUGCCAAGCAAGAGAAUUUCAUCCUGGGCAGCUGUGGCACAGACCAGGUGAAGGGCGUGCUGACUCUGCAAGGGGACGCGCUGAGCCAGGCGGACGUGAACCUGAAGAUGCCCCGGAACAACCAGCUGCUGCAUUUCGCCUUCCGGGAGGACAAGCAGUGGAAGCUGCAGCAGAUCCAGGAUGCCAGGAACCACGUGAGCCAAGCCAUUUACCUCCUGGACAACCGGGAUGAGAACUACCAGUUCAGGACAGGAGCAGAAGUCCUCAAGUUGAUGGACGCCGUGAUGCUGCAGCUGACCAGAGCUCGCAACCGGCUCACCACCCCAGCCACCCUCACUCUGCCUGAGAUCGCCGCCAGCGGCCUCACGCGGAUGUUUGCCCCUGCCCUGCCCUCCGACGUGCUGGUCAAUGUCUACAUCAACCUCAACAAGCUCUGCCUCACUGUGUACCAGCUGCACGCCCUGCAGCCCAACUCCACCAAGAACUUCCGCCCGUCUGGAGGCUCUGUGCUUCACAGCCCUGGGGCCAUGUUCGAAUGGGGUUCCCAGCGUCUGGAGGUGAGCCACGUCCACAAAGUGGAGUCUGUGAUCCCGUGGCUCAAUGAUGCCCUCGUCUUCUUCACCGUCUCCCUGCAGCUCUGCCAGCAGCUCAAGGAUAAGAUCUCCGUGUUCUCCAGCUACUGGAGCUACAGGCCUUUCUAAGCUGAGCGCCCAAGAGCCUGUCCCCCGGGGAAGUGGCCCCUGACCAGGGGGUCCCUGUCCCUACCGCACACACUCGGCGUGUGGGCCAGAGCCAGAGCCGCCACUGUGGGCAAUUUACUUUGCUCUCUGCCCCGUCCUGCCCAUCACAUUUGCACAGAUGGGAGUGAACACUGGAACCCCCCAGGGGGAAGGGAUUCUGGCUUGCUUUUUGUUUUAGAUGGGGGUGGGUCUGGAAGCUGGGGCGAGAGAUGGCCCACAUUCCAAGCCCUGCCCUUUGGACUCAAGGCGGGGCCCGGCCAGGGCUCUUCCCAGGGUUCUCUCUCCUCCCCGCUUUGCUGCCUGCCUGCCAAGCUGCCCCCAGGAUAGUGAGGGGCAGCCGCACCCCCCUUCCCUCUGGAAGGUGAGGGGUGGGUGGUGACCCUAAGCUGUGAGUUGGGAAAGAAGGAGGCGGAAGUGGGAAGAUGGAAGCCACCCGCCAUGAGCUGGAGAGCCCUUGACUGUUUGCUUGGCAACAGUGCCAGGGCCUCCAAGAAAUAAAGCACAUCCGACUUCA